GUGAACUGCCAUGUGACAUACCAGAUGAAUGGUUACAGACACCUGACUGUGAAUCAUCUUAUCCAAUAACAGGUCCACCUAAUCAUCCUGGUCCAUUCACAGGAUUGCAACUUCCACCAUCAUAUUCUAUGAUAUAUGCCAACCAGGGAACAACAGCUAAUCCUUCCAAUCAAGGACCAGGGACUGAUCCAUCAGCACCUCCUCUACACCAACCAGCUGGUCCCCAGGGAUUUCCACAAUAUAGUCCACAGUAUGAUCCAAGGUACAUGCAGCAGUAUGGGCAUAACCCACAAAAUCCUCAUCAGCAACAAUUGUAUUCACAUGGAAUGCAAUGGAACCAGUUUCCUCCAGGAAAUCCAAAUACAGGUAGUCCAUCACCAAACCAAGAAAAAGGACCCCCUGGACCACAACAACAAGGGCAAUGGGGAUCACAUCCAUAUCAUGGAAAUAAUAUGUAUAAUAAUCCUUAUAGUCCAUAUCAAGGUCAAGGUCAUCCUUAUGGUUUUGACCCUCAUCAACAAGUGCAGCAGUUUGUCCCUCAGGAAAAUCCUAGUUAUAAUCCAGAACAAACAGAAAACAUUGAACCUACUGAAGCACAGUCAUCAUCACCUAAUACUGAAUAUUUAGAGGAAGAAAAUCCUGUUCAGCAAGAAGAAAAAGAUGAAGACAGGGAUGAGGGAAAACCAGAAGAAAAACUUAGAAAAACUACAACAAACAUGCUUAAAGUAACAAAGCUGCCUCCAAAUACUACAGCCGAUUUUUUAGAAAACUUUUUUGAGAACACAAGGAAGUUUGGAGGUGGAGACAUAGAGGAUGUGGAUUAUGAUGAAGACACAGCAUCUGCUAUUAUUACAUUCCAGGAAGAUGAAGCUGUGGAAAUAGUAUUAAAGAAAAUACCAAUACUUUUCAAUAAGAAGGCAGUAGAAGUUUCAGCCCAUAUAAUUAAUCAAGAAGAAGCAAUGGAUAUAACUGAAGAAUAUGAGAGUAACCUAAGUACCAGUGAACCAGCCCCGACCUGUACAAUAGAAGUCAGAGGGAUGACAGAUUGUACAACUCAGGAUACCAUCAUGUAUUACUUUGAAUCUAAGAAAGGUGCUAAAGCAGAUGUAGAUACCAUUGAGUAUAUAGAGGAUAAACACAUGUAUUUAGUUACAUUUGAGGAUGAAGAAGCUAUUAAUAGAGUGCUGGAGAAAUCUCACAUGGUAGAUGGUACAAAGUUACUAGUAAAGAAACACAUUCCACCCAAAAGAUAUCCAAAUAAGGCAUUAGUUAAAGGCUUUGAUUCAAGGACAACUGAAGACAACAUUAUAAACUUUCUGGAAGCCAGGACAAAGUUUGAUGUGGAGGAAGUAGACUUUGGUGACGAGGAUUCUGGGAAGGCUAUUGUUACAUUUUGUGAACCAAUAGAUAUUGGACAUAUUCAAACAGCCUGUCAGAAGAAGGCAUUAGAUGGCAGCUACUUGACAGUUCACCCUGUGGUUGUGACAAAUUGUAUUGUUGUCCGAGGUUUCAGUGAGCAGACGACAGAAAGUGGACUGGAAUAUUACUUUGAUAAUAAAAGGAAAUCUGGUGUAGAGGGCGUCACUGAAGUUACAAUGAAUAAAGAUGAGGAUUACUGUGUUAUAUACUUUGAAAAUGCAGAAGAUGCUUUAUUGGCCUGUAAAAGAUCCCAUACCAUUGACAACUGUACACUGAAUGUGAAGGUCUUCUACGAUUGUCUGGGUGUCCCAGCUGAUAAUGAAGGGCCAAAGUUCAAACCAUUGCCACCUUUAGUAAUUACUGACCUUGACAGAUAUAAGGUCAACUUCUUGAAGAGUUCUGCCCAAUAUAAGGAAGCACUAGAACGGCAGCUCCAGCUAAGUCAUGCUAAAAUAACUUGGCCCUCAUCCAUGAGUGAUUCUAAAAUUGUUAUAGAGUGCACCUUAACCAAAGAAACAGAAGACUGUAGAAAACUAACCAAGUCCUGGGAAGACGAUAUCAAAAGGCAUCUUAGUUCACAUGUUGAUGCCUUGGUAACAGAGAAACAUUCUACAUUACAGGAAGCUUGGAGUGGUGUCAUGCAAAAACUACGGAAAAUCAAUAUUGCAGAUCCUGAAGAUGUAAGCGUCAGUGUGGAGAAACCACCUGCUUGUGAAAUUAUCGUAGUUGGUCAUAAAAAAGCAGUAAAAGAAGUUUCAGAUAAUAUAAAGCAAUUCAUUAAUGAAGUUUCUGAAGAUCUUGAUAGAGAGAAGAAAUUAGUUACAGAAAAAGUCUCCUUGAAGCAUCAUCAAUUGUUAUAUCUUGAUUUUUCUGACUUUAUAGACAAAAUCAGACAAAAUUUCAAUAAAAUGGAAAUAUCUAUCAAUACCAGAGAGGGUGUUAUAAUAUUUCAUGGGUUGUCAGGAAAUGUAAACUAUGCAAAGAUAAACAUGUUUGAACAAGUACAUAACUUAGCGUCAGUAAAUGUUGGUAAGAAGUCACCAGGAUAUAUUAAGUUUCUGAAUAGAAAGGAUGUGAAGACAUUAGUUGGGGAGGAAAUAAAAAAACAGGGUUUCAUUUCUGUAUGGGAUAUUCAGAAGAACACCAUUACAAUGUAUGCUGUGUCUGAUGAAGAAGCUGUUGCUGCCAAUGUUAUACUGAAAGACUGUGUGAUAGAAACAGAAAUACCUCUGGAAACUCCACAGAAACCUCUACUGGGGACCAAUAAAUGGAGCCAACAUGUCCAAGCAAUUAAUGAGGAAUACCAGAGAAAACCUGUUAUAAUAGAGAUUGUUACAAAUAGUCAUCAAGGGGAGAUAAUUGUGUAUUGUACAUCAAGAGGAGAAGCAGGACUUUUGAGAGAGAAGAUUCAAGACUUCUUUUAUCACAAUACUGAAACACAGAUCAGGAUCGACUUUCCACCUGCUCAAUUAAAAUUUCUACUUGAACAUAUGUCUAGUGAAGUAUCGAAACUUGAGGGUGACCUAAGACGUAGACAUGUCAUCGUUACCGUCAAAAGUGAUGAUGUAUUGGUCAAGGGUAAUGCACAGGGAAUACAAGAGGCUAAAGAUGAAGUGGAGGCCUUAGUAAACAAAAUACUCAGAACCAAACACUCCAUCGACCAACCAGGACUAUUUGACCUAGUUAAUAGUGCCAACGGAAAGUCUAAGUUAAAGCAAGUCGGUAUACGGGGUGGUGUUGUCAUCAGUAGUAGUGAAGAUGAGAAGUCAUACGGUAAACACAUUCGAUCAAAAUCAACAGGUUUAGAAGAAAGAGCAGUGUAUACAGCAGCUGGAGGUCAAGAGGUCAUUGUUGUCAAGGGUGACAUUACAGAGCUAGAUGUGGAGGUUAUUGUCAAUGGAGCCAAUAAAGAUUUGAAUCAUAGUGGUGGUCUGGCCAAAGUUUUGAUAACUAAAGGUGGAAAAAGCAUACAAGAUGAAUGUGACCAAUAUAUAAGUUACCAUGGUAAAUUAUCAGAGGGAGAAUGUUUCAGUUCUAAACCAGGAACAUUAAAAUGUCAGAUGAUCGUCCAUGCUGUCGGUCCAUCAUGGCAGGGGGGAUCUAAUAGAGAAGAAGACCUACUUCAGAAAUGUGUUGAAAGAGCAAUAGUUGAAACAGAAAAGGAUAAAUAUACUACCAUCGCAAUCCCAGCUCUGUGUACUGGGAUUUUCGGUUACCCUGCAAACCAGGCAACUAGAGCUAUUGCCCAGGCAGUUAGGGACUAUUUCAAGAGGAGCAAGACAAGCACAGUUGAGACUGUUUACUUAUGUGAUGUCAAUGACAGUUCUGUAGACCUGUUUGUGAAGGCAGGGGACAAGUUGUUUGGUCAGGGAACAGAUGGAGGGAGAAGACCAUCUGGUGGUGGAAACAGGCAUUCAGGUGGAUGGUCAAAUCCCUCUGGAGGUAUUCCUAAAGGAAAUAUACGAAUUAGAAUUGAAAAGGGAGAAUUAGCAAAGAUGGACAUUGAUGCAAUUGUAAAUACAACAUCAAGAGACUUAAACCUCUCUGCAGGACUUGUAUCACAGUCUUUACUGAGAGCUGGAGGAUCUGGUCUUCAGGAUGAAUGUAAUCGGAAAUAUCCAAGGGGAAUUAACUCUGGGGAAGUUGCUGUUACUAAUGGUGGUAAUUUAAAAUGCAAAAUUGUUCUUCAUGGUUGUUUAGAACCAUGGCGUUCAGAUGGAUCAACCAUCAAGGUUCUUGAGACAUUUGUAAAUGGUUGUCUUACCAUAGCUGAUAGUAAGAAUUGCAGCUCUGUAGCAAUUCCAGCUUUGGGGACUGGCAACCUAGGCUACCCAAAAGAUCUAGUUGCCAAGCAUAUGUUUAGCUGUGUAGAGAAUUUCUCUGGACGGACUCCAAAGUCCAGUAUUAAGGAGGUUAAGUUUGUGCUGUAUUUUAAAGAUGACCAAGUAGUAAAGGCAUUUGAAGAUGAGGAAAAACGUAGACAAGGAUCAGACAGACAAAAUCAGGAUUCUAAAACUCAACAGCCAGGAGGAUUUGCCCACAGAAAUAAAGCUGGAAAUCAAAAGCCAAAAAAUGAACCAAUACAGCCAUCACAAACAAAAGCUGUAGAUUCCAACACAAUGUAUAGUGUUGAUAUAGGCAAUCUGGUAUUACAAAUCUACCAAGGGGACAUAACUGCUGUCAAAGUGGAUGUUAUAGUUAAUGGGACUAAUAUUGAUUUAGAUUUAACUAAAGGUGCAGUGGCUAAUGCAAUUAGGACCAAAGGGGGAAAAGAACUAGAACGCCAACUGAAAAGUCAGAGAAAAGCAAUGGGAAAAGAAGGUAUAGCAGUAACAACACACACGCCAUCAAAAUCCUUUCCAUGUGGUGCUGUGAUACAUAUAGAUAUGACUGAUCUUAAUCCAAGUGGUCAUGCUGCUCUUAAUCCAGUCACCUUGACAGGCAAAGUUAAAAAAGCACUGAAAAAAACUGACGAGUUAAAGAAAGCAACCGUAGCAUUUCCAGCUUUAGGUACAUCAAACAGUAACAUAACUACUAAAGAAGCAUCAGAACAAAUGUUUAAAGCAGUGGAGAAAUUCAAUAGUAAACCAAUCAACCAUGUCAAAGAAGUUCAUGUGGUUAUAUUCCAACAGCAAAUGAUGACAGAUUUCAUGGCAGCCAUUAAGGAAUGUGUAGACAACAGUGCUAGUAACAAUAAAGGUUAUGUUGGAAGGUUUCUUAACUGGGUUUCUGGAGGAUAUAUUGCAGGCGAAAAAGAGAUAAAAGUUUCUACAGAAGAAAGACACUCCAGUGCUCAGGCAUUGGGUCCAAGACAUUCUGCUGCUCAGGCAUUAGCAGAUAGAAAGAUUGAUGACAAGGUGACCUUUGUAAUCUACUCUAAAGAUCAGAGGGCUGCUGAUGGUGCCAUUAAAUUGUUAGAAACAGCAAUAGUAGAAGAUCAUAUUGAAAAAUCAAUUUCCGCCAAAAUCAUAAAAGAUUUCACUAAUGAUCAGAUUGCAGAAGCUAAGAAGCUAGAACAAACAGAUAAAGUAACAGUUAAUGUUGACAAAACUAAUGAAAAAAUAACAAUAAAAGGAAUGACCAAGUUUGUAGCUACAGCUAUGGAUAAGGUUAAUGAAAUUGUUAGGAAAGCAGAACAAGGCAAACAGAAUAUUCAGAAAGCUACCCUGGUUAAGGAUAUUGCUCAGUGGUACUUUAUGGACGACAAUAAUGGAAAGACAGAAUUGAAGGAGUAUCCUGAUGAUGUAAUUGUAAUACUAGAAACAGCAUUAAUGAAACAAGAGCCACAAGCUUCAUUCUUUGACAGUGAUGGAAACAAAUACAUUGUUGACUUUGAUUCUUAUGAAGAAUAUCCUGAGGCUGACCCAACAGACACGGUUAAAGUUCUGAGGAAAUCAAAACUUGUUGGUGAGUUAUGA